AACAUUAACGCCAGAUUGUUCACACUACCAACAAUCUACCCUUUUCUUAUCGUGCAUCUAUUUCCGUUCGUUGACGCUCCUUUCCUCCUUGAAUCACGACCUCAAAUCAGCUUCCUUUUCCCGCCUUAAAGUGCGCAUUGUGCCAUUGACACGACGCUUGUGCAGUCUCAAACAUGGUCGACUACGCAUCGAAGACAGUGGCACAGUUGCAAGAGAUACUGAGGUCACGAAGCCUGCCCCACUCAGGAAAGAAAGCAGAGCUCAUUGCAAGACUUGAAGAGUCCGAUCUCGCUGCAAGUCAGGCGAAGGAACAUCAAGCGGCUGCAGAAGACGAAACAGCCUCAGCUCUCCCUGCCGACUCUACCACUGCGCCGCCCGCGCAAGUCCCUGAGCCUGUAGCACAGCCCACCUCAGAAACGUCUGCUCCUACAGAAGCUGCGCCGGCAGCAACAGAAACUGAGACGACCGGCACCACUGCCGCUAACAAUGACGCUGCUGAAGCGGCCGCCGCCUCCUUCGCCUUGAGCCUGCCUUCCUCAGAGGUGGAUUCAGAAAUGGCUAGGCGUAAAGCACGCGCCGAACGCUUCGGCACGAGCGCGGCAGUCGCCAAUGGCGAGACCGGCGCAGAAGGAGCGGAUGCGGAUACAUCGAAGGCAUUGGAACGGGCAAAGCGCUUUGGUACCGGCCAGACCGCGCUAGGCAAGCUAGAUGAACCGCUGUCAUCGGAGACAAAACGGGACUCGAGAAAACGCGGUCGGAUGGAAGGCGACGGCCGCGGGGGCAGAUUUCGUGGAAGAGGACGGGACAACUCCAGGAGGCGGCCAGGUGAGAGGCCAACCGGGGUCAGCAAGCAGAGCAGCCCUUUCUCCUCGGAAGCCGAUCGCAUGGCUGCAGAGGCAAGAAAGAAGAAAUUUGCCAGCACAGCGUGAUCUGGCCUGCGCUGUAGUCGUAUUGUUUUCUUACGUGCUUCGCUGGCGGGAAAGGACGAGAUCUGGGGGCCAUGGGACUGCAACAAAAGUAAGGAUCGAUGGGAUGGCCAUGGGACCAUGUAUUUUGAAAGGCGGCUGGAAUCACUUAGGAAUAUCGUUUUUAACAGGCUCUUCGACGGUUCUUGACUCUUUGAGCGCGUAGGAGGUCUUGAUAGUCAGGUCUAGAGCAAAGAACUGUGCCUUCAGGCCUGCAGUCGUUGCCGCCCAACAUGAGCUUACACUUUCGGCGCCUACAAGUCGAAAAGAAGAAAGAACACGGGAG